AUGUCUCAUGUGGACCAGGCGGCCCGCCGGCUGUCCAAGAGAGGCUCCACCCUCUACGCAGUGCUGGAGCUGAAGAAGGGCGCCUCCCCGGAAGAGGUCAAGAGGGCUUACAGCCAUCCCCUCUUACCAUCGCCUCCCCACACCACCCGUUUUGGGGGGUUUUGCCUGUGUAGGAGACUGGCCUUGCAGUAUCAUCCAGACAAGAACCCAGGAGACCCUCAAGCUGCAGAAAUAUUCAAAGAGAUCAAUACAGCCCAUGCCAUCCUGAGUGACCCAAAGAAGCGCAGAAUCUAUGACCAGCAUGGCUCGUUUGGAGUGUAUCUCUAUGAUCACUAUGGAGAGGAAGGUGUCAGAUACUAUUACACAGUGAACAGUUGUUGGUUCAAGACGCUCAUCAUCCUCUGUGCCCUGCUCACCUGUUGCUGUUGCUGCUGCUGCUGCUGCUUCUGCUGUGGGGCUCUGAAGCCUCCGCCCGAGGAUGUCAGCCGCAGGAAACAGCCAGAGAACGUCCAGACUCAGCCUCCGCGGGCAGGAGCCAGAGGUGGCUUUAAAAGUGAUGAAGACUUUGAAGAUAUUUAACAAGUGAUGAAGGAAAAUGAGAUGCUGUCACAGUGCACCCUCUGCUGCUUAGUCCCCUGGACACAUUGCAAGGAGAGCAAGUACCCUGUCCUGACCCUGACCCUGGUUCCUCUCCCUGUAGGAAUCCCUGCUUCCAAAAUAUUGAUGACACCCAUCCCAGCCAGGACCCCAUCUCUGCUCUUGACAGUGUGACUGGCCAUAUGUGGUUGCCCAGCUACUCUUCUUUUCCGCUGCCAUCUCUCAGAGAACAGCCCUCUCAUCGGUGUGUUGGAAAGUCUCCAGCAGUGGUAGAAGAUUUUUCUCUGAGGAUUCUUCCUCCUGGCCUACCUUGGUGUCCGGUAGAUUGAUGAGCCACUUGCUAACCAAGUAGGUGGACCCUGCGCUCUAAGCUGCUACGCAGUUAAACCUUCCUUUGCCGUAGCCUCCUUUGCUGCAACUGUGUGGACCAACAAC